UCCUCUGCAUUUUCUUCCAAACCCUAACUCUCUAACUCGCUUCAAUUCGUUUCACAUUCACUCUCUGAUCACGCCCUGCAUGUUUCCUUUUCACUCUCGCCGUUCUUUAUUUUUUAUUUUUUUAUUUUUUCAAUUAUAUAAAUUUGGAAAUUCAUUCAUUGUUUUUCUUUUAUGUUUUCAACUUUAUAUGUUAAAUUACCAAUGUAGUUUGACUAACUUAACUAACUUGCAUGUUCAUAUUUCAUAUCUUACUGUUCAAUUCUUUGAAGUAAUCACACUGAUACCAAACACGACACUGACACCACAUCUGAUCAAAUUUUGAAAAAGUAAAUUAAUUGAAUGCGUGGGUACUACAAGGAUUGAAUUGAAUUUACUUGCUUUCUUUGGUUAUUUAUGUUAAUCCGUUUUUUUUUCUUUUUUUUCUAUGAUUUAUUUUGUUAGGGAUAAUUAUGGGGAGUGUAGAGGUUAUUGACUUAUCUAGUGACGACGAAAGUGAAAAGGUUCGAGGUAUUGUACCUGUUAAAUUGGAGCCAGGUGCUGUGAAACAAGAACACAGGCGGCAAGCCAAGUGUGGGAAAUCCCAAAGUCGUGCGACGGGGAAAGAUGUCGAGGAAAAUUUUAGUGGCAGUGUUCCAAGUACAGGUCAUAGUAAUUCCAGUGUGUUGGAGCAGGGGCCGUCGCCAAUCGAUGAUACUGGUAUCUCCUAUGCAUCUCCCCUUUGUGCUGCUCCGCUUUCGAGGCAGUUUUGGAAAGCUGGAAGCUAUGACGAAGGACAUGCUUCUCAAAUUGGAGUCAAAGAUGGGAAAAACUAUCUACAUGUACACCCCAUGUUCCUUCACUCAAAUGCAACUUCCCACAAGUGGGCAUUUGGUGCCAUAGCAGAGCUUCUUGAUAAUGCUGUUGAUGAGAUCCAAAAUGGGGCUACCUUUGUCAGUGUAGAUAAAACUUCAAAUCCAAGAGAUGGAAGUCCGGCAUUGUUGAUUCAAGAUGAUGGUGGUGGCAUGGAUCCGGAAGCAAUGCGACGCUGCAUGAGUUUUGGAUUUUCAGAUAAAAAUUCAAAGCUUUCUAUUGGACAGUAUGGAAAUGGCUUCAAGACCAGUAGUAUGAGGCUUGGUGCAGAUGCUAUAGUCUUCAGUCGCCAUCUGAAUAACGGGAUUUUGACUCAAAGCAUUGGACUUCUGUCAUAUACAUUUUUGACGCAAACACAACUUGACAGAAUAGUAGUACCAAUGGUGAAUUACGAGUUUAAUACAUCAACUGGAUCAUUGGAUAUGUUAAAUGGAAAAGAACAUUUUAAGGCGAAUUUAUCAUUGCUGUUGCGCUGGUCACCAUAUUCAUCAGAAGCAGAUCUUCUGAAACAAUUUGAUAACAUGGGAUCUCACGGCACUAAAGUUAUCGUCUACAAUUUGUGGCUCAAUGAUGAAGGGAUUACAGAGUUAAAUUUUGAUACAGAUCCCAAGGAUAUUCGUAUUGCUUGGGAUAUCAAGAAGAUUGGUACAAAACCUGCAUGGAAGCGAAUCCAGGAGGAACAUAUUGCUAAUCGAUUUCGCUACUCAUUACGUGUGUACCUUUCCAUAUUGUACUUGCGGUUACCACAAACUUUCCAAAUUAUAUUGAGAGGGCAAGCUGUGAAGCCACAUAGCAUUGCCGACGAUCUUAAACUUGUUGAAUUUGUCAAGUAUACACCACAAUGUGGUGGUGGAGCUGUAGAGGAACUUUUUGUUACAAUUGGAUUUCUUAAGGAAGCCCCUCAUGUCAACAUCCAUGGUUUCAAUGUAUAUCACAAACAUCGGCUGAUACUGCCAUUUUGGCACGUUGUAAGAUAUCAAGACAGUAGAGGCAGAGGAGUCGUUGGUAUCAUGCAAGCGGAUUUUGUUGAGCCAACUCAUGAUAAACAAGAUUUCGAGAAAACUUCACUGUUUCAAAAGCUAGAAGCCCGAUUGAAGUCGAUGACAUCGGAAUACUGGGAUACUCAUUGUAGACUUAUUGGGUAUCGUCCGGCAGCUAAGCCUCAAACUCCAGUUGCCCAAUCACAUCCACCAUUGCAGAAAUCACUUGAAUAUCAUAAUAAGAGGAAGACAGAUGAAUUGAUAGACCUUCAGAAUAGAAAAAAGCAUGCAAGUGAAGAAUGUGUAACUGGUACUGGUUUCAGUCAGAAGAAACAGAUCACCACAACUCCUGCAGACCAGGUCGUUAACCCAGAGACUAUAACAUUGAUGCAAGAAAAUAAUAAACUACAUGCGAAUUGUUUGGAAUUUGAAAAGAGAGAGGAAGAACUUAAUUUAAAGGUGACACAGCUUAGAAGUAAAAUAGAGGAAGCCCGGCAUGAAUAUGAUCGUCUUUUAGCUGAACUGCAUUCACUAGACGUGAAAGAGGAGUAGUAGUGUAGAUGUAUCUCUUUCUCAUCAAUUUUUUCAUUUGUAGAAGUAAUGUUGUAUCUAUAGCUCAAUCUUUUGUAGUCCGGGGCUAACCAGUUUUAUGGGCACGUUAAAGGAUCACAGGGUCUGAGAUCCUGCCCUCUUUGUAUACCCGGUAGUGUUUUUGCCCCAAGUUUUUUAGGCAUCUUGUGCAAGUAAAUGUUAGCAUAGCUCAGACUAACCACCUUCUGUACAUGUAAAACUAUGGAAUAUCAAGGCCUAUGAGCAAUUAAGUUUUGUUUUGGUCUCUUUGGC